UUUAUGGUGGUUUUAAUUUCAGUUCUUUUCAUGCAGUGGUCUCCUUUUAGAAGGAAGCAUGAGUCCUAUUGUUAAAACAUCAAAAAAUAGAUUCCUGUGUUACUAAAUAUGUCCUUGGAAUUUAGUUUCGGAUGUUCAGUUGUGACUGGGCUGGAAAAAAUAACUGUCGAAGAACUGAAUCAAAACCUAAAUUUGACGUCUCAAAUUGAUUCGCGUCGUGGAAAAGUAUUCUUCAAGCUGUCUUCACUUGCAAAUGUUCAUGAGCUUACAAAAUUAAGAAGCGUAGAACAUGUUUUUUCAGUAGUUCACACACGGGAAUCUGAAGAUGUUUACGAAAAUACGGAAUUAGCUGAAAAGUUUUUCAUGCGACUGCCUGAUAGAAUAGAUUGGACCGAAGGAUUGAAAUCAUGGGGUGCCUACUACGACAAAAGUGGUUUUGAUGUCGAUAAACUAAAGCAGAAAUUUGUACUACCGGAUGAUUAUAAACCACUAUUUACAAAUGGACGUAAAAGGAAAAUAACGGGAGUACCGGCGUUUCGAGUCACCGCGAGUCGUACCGGUGAACGCGAGGGAGCGUCUCCGACUAAUGGAGCUCAAGUAUCGAAUGACGAGUCGAAAAAACAUAGUUUUACUUCGGAUCAAGUUGCGAAAUGGUUUGGCGCUGCAGUCAAUAAUAAGUUUGGCUGGCAGCCAAACAUGAAAAAUUUCGACAUGGAGAUAAUCAUAUACGUGAAUGAUUCGCGAAUACUCGUAGGGUUACUCUUAACUCAUGAGGCCUUGCAUCGUCGUAACAUUUCGGCUUUUGGCCACACAACAUUGAAUAGUACCAUUGCAUUCGGAUUAGGCAGGAUGUGUAAUUUAAAAACUGGUGACAUUUUGAUCGAUCCUAUGUGUGGCUCCGGGGCUAUUCCUAUAGAAUGUUGUGCAUACAGAAAAAGUGAUAUUUUUGGAAUCUCAUCCGAAAUUUCUCACAAUCCCGCUGAGAAAGCCAGGACUAAUCUUGAGAAGUAUCCAGAGCUGGUCGGGCUGAAAAGAGGACUUUCGAUGGAUGUGGCUAGAUUUGAUGCUACUUUUUUGCCUUUGAAAACAGCUUCUGUGGAUGUUGUGAUUACAGAUCUCCCUUUUGGUUUGAGAGUUGGAUCGAAGAAGAGUAACGAAGAACUUUACCCGAAAGUGCUUAUGGAAGCAGCUCGUAUUGUAAAGCCAGCUUCUGGUCGUGGUGCUUUCCUAACUCAGGAUAAACGAAAUUUUAUCAAAGCGAUCACUCAUUGCAAGGGUUACUGGUACGUUGCAAACAAUCCACAUAUCAACAUGGGAGGCAUGACUGCCGCAAUUUUUGUUCUAACCCGAACUAAAAAACAGUUUUUGCAAAAUGAUUUUAAAAAUCUUGAAGCCGAAGUAAAAGAACACCACGUGGCCAGUAGUGUAGGCAGCAAUGGUUACGAAGCCGAUAUCGCUAGCUCUUGUAUCACUGUUGAAAGUUCGAAAGAUAACAACUCUCAAAGCGAAGAAGUCAGUUCAUCAGCUGGUGCGAGUUUAGUUAGUGGAGAGGAUACCGUUUUCACAGCUGUCGACGAGGAGGAGAGGAAGAAACAGAACUUGUCGUUCGUUUUAGACUCAACCUCUCAGGAGUCAGUUGAAAGUUCAUAUGGCUGAAAUUGAAAUUGCUGGCAUUUUGUUUAUUAAUUGUUACUGGAGUUAGUUUACUUUAAAAGUUGUUGCGCCCAGA